ACAGACAGACAGUUGUCCAAAAAAAAAAAGACAGACAGACAAAAACAUAUACCCCAAAAGAAAGAAAAAAGAAAAACUUUUUUAGAAAAAUUAUUCUCAGACAACAAUACUUCACCGAUCGUACUUUUGAUCUCUGAUUCUUCAUCAAUGGCGUCAACAACGCGAGAAAAGUUCGCAUCAUUCAUAAACAACAGAUGGCUUGUCUUCGUUGCCGCCAUGUGGAUACAGUCUUGCGCUGGCAACGGUUACUUGUUCGGUAGCAUCUCUCCCGUCAUCAAAAGCUCUCUUAACUACAACCAGAAGGAGCUUGCUAGGCUCGGAGUCGCCAAGGAUCUCGGAGACAGUGUCGGCUUCAUAGCCGGGUCUCUCUCCGAGAAUUUCCCUCUCUGGGUUUCUCUUCUCGUCGGCGCUGUUCAGAACCUCGUCGGUUACGGAUGGGUUUGGCUUGUCGUCACCCGCCGAGCUCCGGUUCUUCCGAUAUGGGCUAUGUGCCUUCUCAUAUUCGUUGGGAACAAUGGAGAAACCUACUUCAACACCGGGUCAUUAGUCUCUGGUGUUCAUAACUUCCCCAAGAGCAGAGGUCCAGUGGUGGGCAUCCUCAAGGGUUUUGCUGGACUAGGCGGUGCGAUACUCUCUCAGAUAUAUACAAUGAUCCACUCUCCUGACCCUGCUUCCAUCAUUUUGAUGGUUGCUGUUGCCCCUGCGGUUGUUGCUGUUUCUCUGAUGUUUUUCAUCAGACCCGUUGGUGGUCACAGGCAGAUCCGUCCCACGGAUGGAGCCAGCUUCAUUUUCAUCUACGGUGUCUGCAUUCUCCUCGCUGCCUAUCUCAUGGCCGUUAUGCUUAUUGAAGAUCUCGUCGUUGUUAGCCACAACAUCGUCACCAUUUUCACCAUUGUCUUGUUUGUCAUUCUCCUUGUACCGGUCCUGGUACCGAUCGUGACGAGUUUCUUCAUGGACUCAAACGGUCCUGUUGAUACGGUGGAAGAGCCUCUCGUCCCUAAACGGGAAGACCAAGAACCGGGAACGCAGACACCUGACUUGAUCUUGAGCGAAGUGGAAGAUGAGAAGCCUAGCGAUGUGGACUCGCUUCCUGCUUCAGAGAGGCAUAAGAGGAUUGCUCAGUUGCAAGCACAGCUGAUGCAGGCAGCUGCUAAAGGAGCUAUCCGGGUGAAGGGACGUAGAGGCCCACACAGAGGUGAAGAUUUUACUCUCACGCAGGCACUAGUGAAGGCAGACUUCUGGUUGAUUUUCACCUCCCUGCUCCUCGGUGGUGGUUCCGGCUUGACUGUGAUUGACAAUCUUGGUCAGAUGAGUCAGUCUCUUGGUUAUAACAACACUCAUGUGUUUGUGUCUAUGAUUAGUAUUUGGAACUUCCUUGGACGUAUCUCCGGCGGUUAUUUCUCUGAGCUCGUUGUCAGAGACUACGCGUACCCAAGGCCAGUAGCAUUAGCAGUGGCUCAGGUGGUAAUGGCGAUAGGAAACGUCUUCUUUGCGUUUGGAUGGCCUGGAGCAAUGUACAUUGGCACACUCUUGAUAGGACUAGGGUACGGUGCUCACUGGGCUAUUGUACCAGCUACUGCCUCUGAGCUCUUUGGUCUGAAAAACUUUGGAGCUUUGUACAACUUCUUGACUCUAGCCAAUCCGGCUGGGUCCCUGGUCUUCUCUGGUAUGAUUGCAAGCACUAUAUACGACAUGGAAGCAGAGAGACAAGCGCACGGGUCCGUUUUUAAUCCGGAUGACGUUCUUAAAUGCGAUGGUUACAUAUGCUACUUCUUGACGUCACUCAUAAUGUCUGGUUUCUGCAUCGUCGCUUGCAUCUUGAGUUUGAUUCUGGUGCGUCGUACCAAACCUGUUUACACUCAUCUCUAUGGCAAGACUCGCACCUAAUGAUCUGUUCAUUUGUUUUGUAUCUACGUAUUGUAUGAUCAUGCUCUUAGCUUCUUUAUUCUUUGGUUUGGUCUUUGCUGAUACAGAUGUUUUUAUUCUGUGUCGAUUUUUGUUGUUGGUGUCAAUUUUUGUUUGUUGAUUUCCUUUUUAAAUAAAUAAAAAUAAAUAAAUUGAGGAAAA